GUGAGGACGCCGCAGUGAUGGAGGAUAUUCUCAAGAUCAAGGCAUUCUACGAAGAUGAGGCUGUCUUUGAGGAGCUUAGCCUGGUGCAGAAUGACUUCAACCUUACAAAUGUGGAGCGCGCGGACAAGAUCCUUGACAUGGUGAAGCCGUUGAAGUCCACGGUGACGCCCAAGUUCGUCCGCUUCCUGGCAAAGAAGAUGCGACUCAAGGGCCUGAAGGCCAUCUGCCUCGAGUAUGUCCAGAGUGCCUAUUUCACCGAGUCCGUCAGCCCAGUGAAGGUGACCUCCGCAGCGAGGUUGACAGAUGAGCAGAAGUCCAAGAUCAUCGAGAAGAUGAAGGUGAAGUGUGAGACAAGCAACAUCAAGCUGAUCGAGGAAAUUGACGCCAACCUCAUCAGUGGCUUCAAGUUGGAGUGGGGCUACAUCGACCCAGUGAACCUCGACGCACCGAGCCAUGGCGUUGAUCUCUCCCUGCAGAACAUCUUGAACAAGAAGGCGCUCCAGGUCGGAGGUGUUGGUGCACGCAUGCGCAGCAAAAAGGGACGCUGCUCUGCACAUCGGCUUGCCUGUUUGGAUGUGGUGGGCUGCAGAAAUAGGUCAUCGACCUCCCGCUGGUUCAUGCGCCCGACAGAGGAGACGGUUGAGCUUUUGGAGAACGACUACCACCAGGAGCUGAACAUGACUUCAGGGCUAAGGGAACUGCUCUUGCUGAAGAGGGACUCCUACCUGCAGAGGUUCGUGUCCUUGGAACUGAGCCAGCUAUGUUCACAGUUCCUUGCCAAGGUAGGCCUCAGUGUUCCAGGUAAGCAGGUAGCUCUGACAGUGACCCAGCCUCUCGGCCGAUUGUUCACUGAUGCUCGGUUCCGAACCCUUGUGCAAACGAUGGCCCGCUUUGCCGUGAAGCUGGCCUUUGCCUCCAUCUACAUCGCCAGCGCUUGCGAUGGAUCUGGAGAAGAAUGUCCGCAGACACUUUCAUUCCUGCAGAUAGCUUUGGAGUCGGAUGCAAUGGAGCGGAGAGAGAGCUCCAAGAAAGGGUGUCCAACUCCCGAGGAAGCAUCCGGCCUUCUCGCCGGAUUGAUGCCAACUGUGCAUAACCUCACUGAGGUUGAGGUGCUGGAAAUGUGUGCCCAGCUCCCUCUAUGUGUGGACAGCACCACGGUGGCUACGCAGAAUGCCUGGGCUCAGGCUGGAGCCAUCGACUUUGUCGCAGCUGCCUUGAACGAGUUUCCGGUGACUGAGACCGUAGUCAUUGCUUGCACUAUGGCCAUGGCUCCUCUGAUCCUGUUCAAUCGCGAGAAUGGUCUGCAUGCCGGUAAACUCGGGGGAUUGAAUGUUACCCUGAACUAUUAUGGCUCCCACCUGGACAGCUUGCUGGUCAUGGACCUGGGGGGCGCUAUUGGUGCAUAUUUCGACUUCGUCAACGAGAACAGGGCCAUUGCCCGCGAGCUUGGGGGCGUAGAAAUGUUCAUCCAGAAUAUCCGGAACAACUUUCACGGGCAGUACAGUGACUGGGCAGUUGAGCCUGUCAAGCAGUCUUUGUAUGCCUUGUCUUCAGGCACAUGGACCAAUGGAGACAUCGCCUACCAUGAAGGCUUCCCCUCGCUGGGAGUGCAGCUGAUGAAGGAGCAUGGAAACGAGACAAAGAUUGCAGAAGAGACGCUGCAGGCGGUGAAGGCCAUGGCAUUCGAGUCCGAUUUAUACCGCAGCAGAUGGUCGGAUUUGGGUAUCUUUGAGGUCUUGCCAGGCGUGCUCUACGAUAAUCCUACUGACCAGGGUGCCAUCAGUCUCGUCUGUGAGGCCACACAAUAUGUCAUGGGCUCCGACCAACCACUGGGAGAUCCCGUUUCGGCAAUUCGCAUCAUCCCUUUCAAUGCCAGUAUCCAGGAGCAGGCAACCAAGGGCAAAAUGUUGGAGGCACUGCUGGCCACUGCCAUGUCAGAUGCCGAUUUGGUGCAGUUUGACCACGAGUCCUUCAACUUCAACUUGGACCUGGCGUACCCUGCCAAGAGGAACUGCUUCGGCGCCCUGCUUCUGAUGGGCAAG